AAAAUAUACUCUCGAUCAAAGGAAGUCCUGGGGCCGGGAAAUCAGCGAUCGCUUCUAGUUUAAUCUCGCAGCUAGGAAACGCAGGUCGUCUUGGGGGUAGUUUUGUAUUUCGUAGAGGCGACGCGACUUUGAUUGAUCCAGCUGCUAUGUGGCGGACCGUCGCGCAUGACCUCUCACGCUUUGAUGAUAAAAUCGCGUCUACAAUCGUACAAGCGCUAAAGGGCGGGAAGAUCAUUUCCGAAAGGCCUAACAUACAAGAUCAUUUUAAUCGACUGAUUAAAGAUCCUUUGAAGACCGCGGAACCCAUGUUCGCGUCAAAACAGAGAUACCCAGCCAUUGUCAUAGAUGCGCUGGAUGAGUGUGGCGACUCGUCUCAAAUAGCGCAAUGCCGGGUACUCAUUGAUACCAUCACGCAAUGGUCUACGCUUCAUAAGGGACUGAAAUUAAUCGUUACAAGCCGAGAUGAUGGAGUGCCAGAUAUCUUACGCCAGGCUUGUCAGCAGAUUGUCCUCCAGACAGGAGAGCAAGCCGAUUUGGAUUCGGCAGUUUCACGGGAUAUCUAUACGUUCUUUGAGAAACGUCUUCGUGCUUUGCGAGGAGACUAUCCUUCGCUAGAUAGUACUAAUUGGCCAGGACAGAGUAAAAUACAGGAGCUGACAGAUCGUGCAGCUGGCCUCUUCAUAUGGGCAGAGACUGCUAUAGGAUUCAUGGAACAAGGACUGGCAACGGAGUGCUUAGACCUGAUACUCUCCGGAGAAUCCGCCUUGGUGCGGGAUAAUAUUAACAGGCUUUAUAGCCAAGUUGCUACACAAGCAGUACAAAGCAUCCAGAGUAGCAAGGCCGCUCGCACUGCGUGCCAGUCUUUUUUCGGCGCACUGGUAUUUUCGAGAGCUCCAUUGCAGCGCAAGGACCUUGCACAAUUCAUGCUGGAGCCAGUCGACGAAGUAGCGAUUGAUCUGAUUCUAGGGAAAUGGAAAUGCGUCAUCGAUGUAGAUGCAGAUGACUAUGUUCGCAUUAGCCAUCUAUCAUUCGUGGAAUUUCUCCUCGACUCGGACCUUUGUCACGAGUUGCUCCGUAUUCGCCCCGAAACAAAGAGCAGUAAAAGCUUUGACUUAUUGCUUGCAUGUUUACAUGUCAUGCAUGAUCCACACAUUGGCUUGACAUUCAAUAUCUGCAAGUUAGAGACUUCGUAUAUUCGCAAUUGCGAUGUGGCUGACAUGGAUGAGCGCAUCGCAAAGCAUAUAAAACCACCUCUGCAGUAUGCAAGUCGGGUAUUGGGGAGGCCACCUAAUAGAUGCAAUGGAACAAGUUGUCGACAACAAUGAAAUUCUGAGGGUGCUUGUAGUCCUUUUUAAAACUCACUUGCUACAUUGGCUGGAAGUGAUGACUUUGGUGCAUGAUUUGUCUACUGCAUUUGUAGUCAUGGUGGAGGCAGGUCCUCAACUAAAUAUUAUUUCUAAAGAGUUAGGAGACUUUGCACUAGAUGCACAAAGAUUCAUGGCAAAUUUCAAUACUCCCCUCUCAGAGAGCUUGCCACAUAUAUAUUUGUCUGCAUUGCCAUUUG